GCAGACGCCGCCUCCGAUGAAAUGAGAAACCAGGGAACCCCCGGGAGCCGCGGAGGCACUCCUCGCAUGACAGCGAAAGCAGUGGACUCACUCUCCACACCACAAAGCGCCUGACCGACAAGUCACCAAGUUAUCUCCAGAUCCAAGCUGGGAAGGGGAGCGGGGGCGAGAGAAGCAGACAGACUCGGAGGGACGCGCCGCGCCGGAGGGACCGGCCGAGGACAUCUCGCCAAGGCCUGACCGCAGCCCGCCCCUGCCCGGGCCGCCGGCCCCAAACUCCUGGGAAGCAGGAGGACCAUGCGGCAGUAGCAGCCAUGCUGCCCUUCCUGCUGGCCACACUGGGCAACACGGCCCUCAACAACAGCAACCCCAAGGACUACUGCUACAGCGCCCGCAUCCGCAGCACCGUCCUGCAGGGCCUGCCCUUUGGGGGCGUCCCCACCGUGCUGGCUCUCGACUUCAUGUGCUUCCUAGCAUUGCUGUUCUUGUUCUCCAUCCUCCGGAAGGUAGCCUGGGACUAUGGGCGGCUGGCCUUGGUGACAGAUGCAGACAGGCUCCGGCAGCAGGAGAGGGACCGAGUGGAACAGGAAUAUGUGGCCUCAGCUAUGCACGGGGACAGUCAUGACCGGUAUGAGCGUCUCACGUCUGUCUCCAGCUCCGUCGACUUUGACCAAAGAGACAACGGUUUCUGUUCCUGGCUGACAGCCAUCUUCAGGAUAAAGGAUGAUGAGAUCCGGGACAAGUGCGGGGGCGACGCCGUGCACUACCUGUCCUUCCAGAGGCACAUCAUCGGGCUGCUGGUCGUCGUGGGCGUCCUCUCCGUGGGCAUCGUGCUGCCUGUCAACUUCUCAGGGGACCUGCUGGAGAACAAUGCCUACAGCUUCGGGAGAACCACCAUUGCUAACUUGAAAUCAGGGAACCACCUGCUCUGGCUGCACACCUCCUUCGCCUUCCUGUACCUGCUGCUCACCGUCUACAGCAUGCGCAGACACACGUCCAAGAUGCGCUACAAGGAGGAUGACCUGGUGAAGCGGACUCUCUUCAUCAAUGGAAUCUCCAAAUAUGCAGAGUCAGAAAAGAUCAAGAAGCAUUUUGAGGAGGCCUACCCCAACUGCACGGUCCUGGAAGCCCGCCCAUGUUACAACGUGGCUCGCCUCAUGUUCCUCGACGCAGAGAGGAAGAAGGCUGAGCGGGGAAAGCUGUACUUCACAAACCUCCAGAGCAAAGAUAACGUCCCCACCAUGAUCAACCCCAAGCCCUGCGGCCACCUCUGCUGCUGUGUGGUGCGAGGCUGUGAGCAGGUGGAGGCCAUUGAGUACUACACGAAGCUGGAGCAGAAGCUGAAGGAGGACUACCAGCGGGAGAGGGAGAAGGUGAACGAGAAGCCUCUUGGCAUGGCCUUCGUCACCUUCCACAAUGAGACCAUCACCGCCAUUAUCCUGAAGGAUUUCAACGUGUGUAAAUGCCAGGGCUGCACCUGCCGCGGGGAGCCACGCUCCUCGUCCUGCAGCGAGUCCUUGCACAUCUCCAACUGGACCGUGACCUACGCCCCUGACCCCCAGAACAUCUAUUGGGAGCACCUCUCCAUCCGUGGCUUCAUCUGGUGGCUGCGCUGCCUGGUCAUCAAUGUCAUCCUCUUCAUCCUCCUCUUCUUCCUCACCACCCCGGCCAUCAUCAUCACCACCAUGGACAAGUUCAACGUCACCAAGCCCGUGGAGUACCUCAAUAACCCCAUCAUCACCCAGUUCUUCCCCACCCUGCUGCUGUGGUGCUUCUCCGCCCUGCUCCCCACCAUCGUCUACUACUCUGCCUUCUUCGAAGCCCACUGGACACGCUCCGGGGAGAACAGGACCACCAUGCACAAGUGCUACACCUUCCUCAUCUUCAUGGUGCUGCUCCUGCCCUCGCUGGGACUGAGCAGCCUGGACCUCUUCUUCCGCUGGCUCUUUGACAAGAAAUUCUUGGCUGAGGCAGCUAUUCGGUUUGAGUGCGUGUUCCUGCCCGACAACGGCGCUUUCUUCGUGAACUACGUCAUUGCCUCCGCCUUUAUCGGCAACGCCAUGGACCUGCUGCGCAUCCCAGGCCUGCUCAUGUACAUGAUCCGGCUCUGCCUGGCGCGCUCGGCCGCCGAGAGGCGCAACGUGAAGCGGCAUCAGGCCUACGAGUUCCAGUUUGGCGCAGCCUACGCCUGGAUGAUGUGCGUCUUCACGGUGGUCAUGACCUACAGUAUCACCUGCCCCAUCAUCGUGCCCUUCGGGCUCAUGUACAUGCUGCUGAAGCACCUGGUAGACAGGUACAACCUCUACUACGCCUACCUGCCGGCCAAGCUGGACAAGAAGAUCCACUCGGGGGCUGUGAACCAGGUGGUGGCUGCGCCCAUCCUCUGCCUCUUCUGGCUGCUCUUCUUCUCCACCAUGCGCACGGGGUUCCUAGCCCCCACGUCCAUGUUCACAUUCGUGGUCCUGGUCAUCACCAUUGUCAUCUGUCUCUGCCACGUCUGCUUCGGACACUUCAAAUACCUCAGUGCCCACAACUACAAGAUUGAGCACACAGAGACAGAUACCGCGGACUCCAGAAGCAAUGGACGUCCCCCCACUGUUGCCGCUGUCCCCAAAUCUGCGAAAUACAUCGCUCAGGUGCUGCAGGACUCAGAGGCGGACGGGGAUGGGGAUGGGGGUCCCGGAAGCUCGGGGGACGAGCCCCCGUCCACCUCGUCCCAGGAUGAGGAGCUGCUGAUGCCACCCGAUGGCCUCACGGACACAGACUUCCAGUCUUGCGAGGACAGCCUCAUAGAGAAUGAGAUUCACCAGUAAGGGGAGGGAGGGCCCUGGAGGCCACGCCCUGCCCCACCCACCCACCCCUUCAUGGACACUAAAAAAACGCUAAUAAUUUAUUAGAUCUGAAGCCCCUUCCUCCCCCAUCCCUGCUUUCAUUAAGGUAUUUAAACCUGGGGGUUUGCUGCUCUCCCCCACCACAGAGGGGAGAGAGAGCCCCAACCUCAGUGAGGAGAGCCCCGAGCCGGCCCCGGGGCAGAGGGGUGUGGACACAGUUCCCCCAGAUCAGUGCCCCCGCCCCAGGCUAGUUGUGUGGUCAGAAAAGGGUUAAUGAGAGCCAAGGUGGGUACCUGGUGCCGUGGCUGGAGACGAGGAGUGGGGGGGCGUGCAGGCAGAUCGGGGCAGCCCCAGUUCUGUCCUCCCCGCCACGGCCCCCUGGGAUCUGGCACUCCAGGAAGGUGGAGCCUCAGCCCUGAGGGUUGCAUGAGAGGGGAGGGGGUGCCGAGUGGGAGGAAGAGUCAGGCCUGAACCAGGGGGUGACCUGGGGUGGGGGAUGGGCAUGGCUGACACUGGAAAAUGGGUUUUUGCACUGGUUUUUUUUUUUUUUUUUUCCUUUAAAAUAAAAAUGGAAAGAAAAGCUCCGAGACAGGUGUCCUAUUUGUGCUGCUGUCCUGGACACGUGGCUGGGGGCCAGCCACCCUUCUGUGAGUCUGGAGGAUCUGUUUGGAGUCCCCACAUGACCCUGGGUAGACUUCCUGUGCAGAGACUUCUGGAGGUCUCAGGGGAGGGGCCUGCUGUGCUCACAUUGCCACCCCCCUCCCCUUGCAUCUGCCCACUCUGCCUCCAUCCCUUGCCCUGAGGAACUUGUGGGACCACUCAGACUGAGGGACAGGGACACAGGCCAACAUUCUGAAUCCCCGAGAACCAUACAAAUAGAAUAGAGAUGCAGGGUAGAAAGGCCGUGAAAGGCCGCAAGUGCCAUGCUGGUCUAGGAAGGCUUCCUGGAGGAGGAAGUUCCCAAGAAAGUUGCUUCCAGGAAGGGGCUCAGCAGACCGCGCUGAAAGGGAAGAGGCAAGAAAACAGCGCCGCAGUCGUCAACCAAAUUCUGUCGUCAUGAUUUGUUGUCAUUGUUACACAACUUACUGAGGGGUUAGUAUGUGCCUGGGAUUGUGCUGUAUGGCCAUGACGUGCUGUAAAGCAUUUACUCAGAGACCUUGCUCGAGUCGGGCGUGGGUUUGCUGCAAGGAUUACAUAAUAUGUGUCAAGGGUUCACUUGGCCCAGCACCUGGCACUUACUUAUAAGCACCCAAUAAACAUCAAUUAUAGUUAA